CUUAAUGAGCGGUUGGAAAGGUUGCUGGAAGAGGAUCGAGCAUCGAUGGAGAGGUAUAGCGAAUGGCGGGAUGCGGAUGAGUCUGAUGUGGAUCUCAGAGCGCAGGCCACUCGAAAUGGCUUCAUUGCUGUGCCAACGCAGGAACCGCAUACAAAUGCCAAUAUUUAUAUGCAACACAAUGGUUGACUCACAAAUAAGUAGCAGUCAUCGUCCGGAUACAUUCGAAUGA